AUGACUGCCUCAACGGCUGGAGAUGAUUUCGACGAUGAGGACUUCAUCGUUGAUAUCGACGGCAUCCAAGCCCAUGGUGUGGGAGCAGCAGACAUCACAAAGCUCAAGGCCAAUGGCUACUACACUGUUGCUUCGGUCCACGCUGCUACACGCAAGACGCUUCUCAAGGUCAAAGGCUUCAGCGAAGUGAAGGUCGAGAAGAUCAAAGAGGCUAUCACGAAAUUGCAGCCUUCUGCAUCCGGCUUCAUCACAGCAGUUGAGCUCGGUCACAGUAGGAAGAGAAGCAUGAGCAUUAGCGAGGUCUAUGGCGAAUUCAGAUGUGGAAAGACUCAGCUUUCGCACACAAUGUCCGUUGUUGCUCAGCUGCCGCCGGACAUGGGAGGAGCGAGUGGAAAGGUCGCAUAUAUCGACACUGAGGGGACCUUCAGACCCGAGAGAAUAGCACAAAUCGCCGAGCGAUUCGGAAUGGAUCCCGACCAAGCCCAAGAAAACAUUGCCUACGCCCGCGCCCUCAACAGCGAGCACCAACUCGAACUCCUAAACACGCUCUCCUCUUCCUUCGCCAGCAACGAAUACCGCCUCCUUAUAAUCGAUAGCAUCAUGGCCUGUUUCCGCGUCGACUACUGUGGCCGUGGCGAGCUCGCGGAUAGACAGCAGAAGCUGAAUCAGUUCUUAUCAAAGCUGACGCAUAUGGCCGAGGAGUUUAACGUUUGCGUUUUGAUGACCAACCAAGUCCAAUCCGACCCCGGCGCCAACGCUCUCUUUGCUGGUGCCGAUGGCCGCAAACCCAUUGGUGGACAUAUCCUAGCGCACGCUUCGACCACGAGGGUCUUGCUCCGGAAGGGGAGAGGUGAGGAGAGAGUGGCUAAGAUUCAGGACUCGCCUGAUUGUCCCGAGCGUGAAGCAACCUACGUGAUCACGAACGGCGGCAUCAAUGAUCCAGAGAAGGCAUGA